CUCGCUGUCGACAAUUAUCCAUAACUCCAGACACCGUGUUGUUCUCGCUUUGUCUUCAAUUUUCUCCUGUCGUUAUUGAUACUCCUCCUACCCUGAAAUUAGUCCUGACCUUUGCAUAUAUUAUAUUCCAACGUCCUAUCCCCGCGCAGACAUGGCAAGCCCACCAAACCCCGCACCAGCUUCGGUGCUUUUUGUUUGUCUGGGCAAUAUCUGCCGUUCGACUAUGGCUGAGGGUGUCUUCAGAUCGCUCGCAGCUCCGCACCGAACAUCCCUAAUCGGCGAGAUCGACUCCGCUGGUACAGGCGCCUACCACGUUAACGACCCUCCAGACUACCGCACAAUGACCACGCUGCGAGCGCAUGGAAUCAAGGACUACAACCACGCGGCACGGAAGGUCACAAAGGACGACUUUCGUACAUUUGACUACAUUCUUGCCAUGGACCAGUAUAAUCUGCGGGACCUCCUGCGGCUGCGCGAUAGUGUGGCUGCUGGGGCCCGGAAGGGAGGCACGCGGGCUGCGACAACGCCAGGGGCGGACGCGAAUAUUGCAGAGGUGCGAUUGUUUGGCGACUUUAAUUCGGACGGUACUCUGAACAAACGUGUCGGCGGUGGUCAGGAAAUCGAAGACCCAUAUUAUGGCGGAAUCCAUGGAUUUGAAACCGCUUACGAGCAGGCCGUGGGUUAUUCGAAGGGGUUUCUUGCAUAUUUGGAGAAAAAGAAGGCAGGUCCUGAGAAUUAAGUUGUUAUUAGACAUGUAAAGAAUUCAGCUUUCAGUUUAAGAGAUAGACAGUAUAGAGGUGGUGAGAGGUUGAUACCCAGCGAUUUAUUUUAUACUACCUUGGCUCCAAUGAUAUGAACAGACUUCAUCGUGA